AUGGAAUUCAUUAGAUGCACCUUCUGUGGCGGCUCUGCUUGUAAAUAUGAAGAUUAUAGACAAUGGACAGCUCCACCAAAUGCCAUCGAAGGACUAUACUCGAACUGGAUCACCGACCAGAUACUGGCAAUGCAACGUCCAGCAUCACAACUUAUCAAGGAGCACAAUCUGAUUCAAGUUUUCAAAGAUCAAAACAUUGGAGCAAUCGUAUGUCUACAAGAGAAAGGUGAACACACACUAUGUGGACAUGGUAUAGAAGCUUCAAGUGGACUAUCAUACUUGCCUGAAACAUUCACGGAUUCCGGGAUCCAAUUCAUCCACUACGGCUGGCAAGACAUGAGCACGCCAUCCCUCGACCUCCUCUUCAAAAUAGUCCAAUGCAUAACCCGCAUUCUCGACACAUCCCAAAAGAUAUCCAUACAUUGUCACGCUGGUCUAGGACGCACCGGACUAGUAAUCGCAUGUGUGCUCGUACUUCGGCACGGUCUAACAUCCGAUGAAGCUAUAUCCCUCGUGCGAACGAAACGCCCACUAUCGCUACAAACAAAGAAACAGGUCUUGUGUGUGCACGCAUUCGAAGAAGAACGGAACCACUACAUGUAUGCCUUCUUCCAUGUGCCACGACGACGCAAGGCAUUCAACGUUACCGCUGAAGAAGUAGUUAUAGACGAUAUACUCGACGAUCCAUCAUCGCCACAGCUCGUAACCCUCUCGGAAUUCUUGAGACGCCAACGCUGUAUCUUGCAAGCCACUGAAUCACAACGGCUCCUGUACAUUCCGAAAAUUGUAUACGAGAUAUGUCACAGGAUAUCGCAUCUCGCUACAUUGCAUGCAUCGGUAAAAUUAGGUGUAUGUGAAGCGUUUGCGACGUUUGAUGGUAUCAAGACGCCAGCUGAGAAACUGGAUUUCGUGGGGCUCAAGAAUCAGAUUAAUCAUGGGAGUUUUGAAGGUGUUAGGAAUUGUAAUGAUCAUUUCUUGCUGAUUGAUACGGUGCUGUUUUGGGUUUUGCAUUUGAGGGAACCAGUGAUUAGCAGAUCUGUCCAACUCUCCAUAGAACAAUCCUCACAAGGAGAACCAGCAGAACCAUGCCAUGGGCUUGGCCGUCUCAAUAAGAUUACAUUCCAUACAAUCAACAUCAUCCUCCAAGUCUUUCGAGACAUCCCAGACAUAACCAGCCCCCUGCUAUCCUCCAUAACAUCCAAACUAGCCACCCUCAUAACCCACAAACGGUCCACCCUCACACACGCCUUCGACCCUCAAUUCACAUCAUCACCAGUAUCACCAGGUGUCUCCCCAUCACGCCGUGUGCGACGCCUCUUACCCGCUUCACCAGCAUCAUCACCAACUCUAGCUGCCAUCGAAGACGCUAGUACCACCACCGACAUGACGGCCAUAACAAACCUCCUCACAUACAUAUACACCACGUUUGGCACAUCAGAGACAACAUUACGGCCCAUCCUGAGACACCCCGAUAAACCAGACUCUGAAAAACAGGUGUACGCAACCCUCGGCGUUGAAUUCCCAGGCCACGAAACAAACAUGGAUGCCGACAUCAUUACCGAAUUCGAUAGUUAUGAAGCACCUAUAAUUACUAGCACACUUGGACUAGUAAAAACAUCACUCCCGUCUCUGGGAGUCCCAAACACGUCACUAGAUAAGAUAAACACGGCAAAACACCGCACGCAUUCCGUACAGCCCUCGCCUGUGCUGACGUCGCCGUUGAGUCUGCCACCGAUACAUAAUGUCGUCAGUGAGAAUGUGCUGGUGAGAAAGUCGUUUGAUGAUGCUGUGGUGAGCGUAGAUGGUGGUGUUAGUGAGGGACGAAUGUCGUAUGAUGGUGUGAGAGGGAGGAAGGGGAAUGCUGUGUCGCCUUUGGGUUCGCCGGUACCAAAUGGUGAUGGUGGUGAGAAUGGGAGCAAGUGGUGGAUGUUUGCAGGUAACAAGAAACCACAAUAG